AUGGCGUCUCUUUUCACCAAUGGACCCUGCAUCCAAAGUGAAGCCGAAGUGGGUCACCUCUGCCGGAGCCUGGAAGUGGGCACGGUCAUGACUCUCUUUUACUCCAAGAAAUCCCAGAGACCCGAGAGGAAAACGUUCCAGGUGAAGUUGGAAACCAGGCAGAUCAUUUGGAGCAGGGGGUCGGACAAAAUCGAAGGCGCAAUUGAUAUUCGUGAAAUCCAAGAGAUUCGUCAGGGAAGGAACUCCAGAGAUUUUGACCGAUACCAGGAAGAUUCUUGUUUCCGCCCAGAACAGUCUCACUGCUUUGUCAUCCUUUAUGGCAUGGAAUUCAGACUGAAAACACUCAGUUUGCAAGCCACUUCCGAAGAUGAAGUCAACAUGUGGAUCAAAGGGUUGAACUGGCUUGUGGCAGAUACCCUAAAAGCUGCUACUCCAUUGCAAAUUGAAAGGUGGCUCCGGAAACAGUUCUACUUUGUUGACCGCAACAGAGAGGACAGGAUUUCUGCAAAAGACCUUAAAAAUAUGCUUUCUCAAGUCAACUAUCGUGUCCCCAACAUGAGAUUUCUGAGAGAGAGAUUAACAGAUGUGGAGCAGAGGAAUGGAGAUAUCACUUAUGGACAGUUUGUUCAGCUGUACCAAAGCCUGAUGUACAAUGCACAGAAAGGAAUGGCUGUUCCAUUCUUAGAAAGCAAUGGGGAGAGAUCCGAAUACAACAGAGUUUCUCUGUCAGAGUUCCAGACAUUUUUGCUAGAAUACCAAAUGGAGCUUUGGGCUGCUAACCUUUCCUUAGUGCAAGAUUCUAUGUUUACCUUCUUGUCGGAUCCAUUGAGGGUAAUUGAAGAACCUUAUUUUUCUUUAGAUGAGUUUCUCACCUUCCUGUUUUCCAAAGAGAACAGCAUCUGGAACUCGGAAUUUGAUGUCACACGCCCAGACGACAUGAACAACCCCUUGUCCCACUAUUGGAUCUCAUCUUCUCAUAACACAUACUUGACAGGAGAUCAGUUCUCAAGUGAGUCUUCCUUGGAAGCCUAUGCUCGUUGCCUGCGCAUGGGAUGCCGCUGUAUCGAACUUGAUUGCUGGGAUGGUCCUGAUGGGAUGCCUGUGAUUUAUCAUGGACACACAUUAACUACAAAAAUCAAGUUUUCUGAUGUCCUCACAGCCAUCAAGGAGCAUGCUUUUGUGACUUCUGAUUAUCCUGUUAUCCUAUCCAUUGAAGACCAUUGCAGCAUUGCCCAGCAGAGGAAUAUGGCUCAGAACUUUAAGAAGGUCUUUGGGGACAUGCUGCUAACUAAACCAGUAGAUAUCUCUGCUGAUGGUCUGCCAUCUCCAAACCAGCUGAAGAGGAAGAUUCUCAUAAAACACAAGAAACUGGCUGAGGGUAGUGCUUAUGAAGAAGUACCAUCAUCUGCAGUGUAUUCAGAGAAUGACAUCAGCAACUCAAUAAAGAAUGGAAUUCUCUAUCUGGAAGACCCAAUCAACCAUGACUGGAAUCCCCAUUACUUUGUCCUGACCAGCAGUAAAAUCUAUUACUCUGGAGAGACAACCAGUGAUAUAGGAAAUGAGGAGGAGGAGGAGCCAAAAGAGACAAGCAACAGCACUGAACUCCAUUCCACUGAAAAGUGGUUCCAUGGCAAGCUAGGAGCAGGACGUGAUGGGCGCCACAUAGCAGAGAGGCUAUUAACGGAAUAUUGUGUAGACACUGGAGCCCCUGAUGGCUCAUUCCUGGUGCGAGAGAGUGAGACCUUCGUUGGUGAUUACACACUUUCUUUCUGGCGCAAUGGGAAAGUGCAGCACUGCCGGAUCCACUCCCGGCAGGAUGCUGGCAGCCCUAAAUUCUUCCUCACUGAUAAUCUGGUAUUCAACAGCCUCUAUGAUCUCAUUACUCAUUAUCAGCAAGUGCCACUCAGAUGCAAUGAAUUUGAAAUGAGGUUGACAGAACCUGUGCCACAGACAAAUGCUCAUGAGAGCAAAGAAUGGUACCAUGCUAAUCUUACCCGGAAUUCGGCUGAGCGCAUGCUGAUGAGGGUGCCCCGGGAUGGGGCCUUUUUGGUGCGCAAGAGGAGUGAGUCAAACUCCUAUGCAAUCUCUUUUCGGGCUGAAGGGAAGAUCAAGCACUGCCGAGUGCAGCAGGAUGGCCAGACAAUCAUCUUGGGCAAUUCAGAAUUUGAUAGCUUGGUGGAUUUAAUUAGCUAUUAUGAGAAACACCCAUUGUACCGCAAGAUGAAGUUGAGGUAUCCAAUUAAUGAAGAAACACUGGAGAAGAUUGGGACAGCAGAACCAGAUUAUGGUGCUCUGUAUGAAGGACGGAAUCCGGGAUUUUAUGUGGAAGCCAACCCUAUGCCAACCUUUAAGUGUGCUGUCAAAGCUUUGUUUGACUACAGAGCUCAGCGAGAAGAUGAGCUCACCUUCACAAAAAAUGCAAUCAUCCAGAACGUAGAAAAACAAGAAGGAGGCUGGUGGAGAGGAGACUAUGGGGGUAAGAAGCAACUGUGGUUUCCCUCUAAUUAUGUAGAAGAAAUAACUAGUCCAAUUGGCCUGGAGCCUGAGAGGGAGCAACAACUAGAUGAAAACAGCCCCCUGGGAGAUCUACUCAGAGGUGUACUGGAUGUACCAUCAUGUCAGAUUGCUAUCCGCCCUGAGGGGAAGAACAACCGUAUGUUUGUAUUCUCCAUUAGUAUGGCUUCUGUCUCACGGUGGUCCCUGGAUGUUGCAGCUGAUACACAUGAAGAUCUGUUGGACUGGGUGAAGAAAAUCCGUGAGGCAGCCCAAACUGCUGAUGCCAGGCUCUCUGAAGGGAAGAUGAUGGAACGGAGGAAAAAGAUAGCUUUGGAGCUUUCAGAGCUUGUAAUCUACUGUCGUCCUGUUCCCUUUGAUGAAGAGAAAAUUGGCACAGAAAGAGCCUGCUAUAGAGAUAUGUCUUCUUUUCCUGAAACCAAAGCAGAAAAGUAUGUCAACAAGGUCAAAGGGAAGAAAUUUCUGCAGUACAACCGGCUACAGCUUUCCCGCAUCUACCCAAAAGGACAACGCCUUGACUCUUCCAACUAUGAUCCUCUUCCUAUGUGGAUCUGUGGCAGCCAGCUGGUGGCACUCAACUUUCAAACACCAGACAAGCCAAUGCAGAUGAAUCAGGCGCUAUUCAUGUCUGGAGGCCGAUGUGGCUUUGUUUUGCAACCAGCCAACAUGCGGGAUGAUAUCUUUGAUCCCUUUGACAAGAACACUCUGCGUGGAAUGGUACCACUUUCCAUCUCCAUUGAGGUUCUAGGGGCACGGCAUCUUCCCAAAAAUGGAAGGGGAAUCGUUUGCCCAUUUGUAGAAGUUGAGGUAUCUGGAGCAGAUUAUGAUAAUGCAAAACAGAAGACCGAGAUGGUGGUGGACAAUGGUCUGAAUCCUGCCUGGGCCCAGAAGACUUUUCAGUUCCAUGUCAGUAAUCCUGAUUUUGCUUUUCUGCGUUUUGUGGUAUAUGAAGAAGAUAUGUUCAGCGACCAGAACUUCUUAGCUCAGGCCACUUUCUUGGUUAAAGGCUUAAAGACAGGAUACCGGGCUGUGCCUUUGAAGAACAACUACAGUGAGGAUCUGGAAUUAGCCUCCUUGCUUGUUAAAAUAGAUAUAAUUCCUGUCAUGCAGGAAAAUGGCGAAAUUAGCCCCUUUGCAGCUUCACCUUUCCGAGAGAGGUCAGCUGAUUCCCCAAAUCAGCUCCUGGCAGGCAGAGCCAGAGAAGGUUCACUGGAGGCACGGUAUCAGCAACCGUUUGAAGAUUUCAGGACAUCACAGGAGCAGCUAUCAGAGCAUUUUGACAAUCGAGACAGAAGGUUCCUGCGAAAGACGCGGGUGAAUGGGGAUAACCGCCUCUAGCUCCACUUUGCCUGCUGGAAAGCACUCCUCCAGUGCUUGUGAUUCUCACGGAUUGCUGUGAACUGGUUUCUAUGGAAACGUCACAUGCUUUGGCCUACUUUCAGGCAGCUUUUCCAGUUUCUCUUCUGAAGGCUGUUCAAGUGGAGAACCUUUUUUUAGGGAAAAAAAUCAAACCACAAGUCAAUCACUUUAUUGUUGAGGAAAAAAACCUUCAGAACCAAAACGGAGGCAAAAAGUACUGAAUGUGUGUAUCUUGUCAAUAUAUGAGACUCAACACAAAACCCAGUCAGCAAUUUCCUUCUGCUGUGCCACUAGUUCCAGAGAGGAUAAUACCUCCAAGCUGCCAGCAAAGCAGCUUUCCUUUACUCAGCUGAGAGGAGCUGAUUUUUAAAAAUUAUUAUUGUUAAUUUUAUUAAACUUCUUAAUCACUGUUGGUGCACAGAAAGGGAGAUUUCCAUUUCAAGAGAAAGUACAAUUAUUCCCAUGGUAUCAGAGCACAAGCCCAGUAGGGCAUACCAGGCCUGGUCUCUGGGGCCAUGUCAAGCUAUGCAAGGCUUCAAAUCUGUCAGUAUUGAACAGAGCUGCCAAGUUCCUUACCUUGGCAGAUCUUGGGUUACAUUAGCUGGGGUUUAGGUGCAGAAGACCAUCAGCAAAGCUGUCAAGCAUCCUCUUCUUUACGUGACCUCUUUUAUGACUAGUGUAAAGCAGAAACCCUGUAUAGAAGGGGUGACUUGAGAUAUCAAGAGGCAACUUUGAAGAGGUAGGAGCGGAAUACAUGAGCCAAAGCCAGCUCUUCAAGUGGUAGAGCUCUUGCCACUGAAAUGCUUCUUUGCUGGCACUGCUUCUCUAAUGCAGAGUUUCAGCCACUAGUACUGGGCCAGAAUAAUAGUCCAGGGCCAUGUGCCCACAAGCAACAGUUCUCAUGACCAGUAUUGCUGAAGAGAGCCCUACAGCUCUUUGUAGAGUUAACAAGCUAAAGAAGCAUUUUAGCUUCUCUAGAGUUUUCACCAUUGCACCUCUUAUUUUGGGGGAGAUGAUUUUUGUAUAGGACCAAGCCAUCUCCUCUUUUUUAAGGAAGCUUUCCUCCAUGUUCUUUGGGUCAGGCCAUCUGAAGACAGUUGUCUUUGUCAUGAUGUGCCAGGUGCCUAGUGUGUCAUACCAUGUUCCGUUGCCACAGGAACAGUGAAGGUUAUGUGCUGCUGUCUUUUGCCUACUAGAAAAGUGACAGAAACCCAGGAACAGUACUAAUAGUUUUAAUUUGCUUGCUGGAUAAAGGGGGAGCAGAUAUACCCUAGUCUCCAGAGGCAAGCUUUACCAUACAUGGUAGUAUGAAUGCAUUAUUUGACUUUCUGAAGAGGAGUUUAGGCCUGCCUAACUCCACCAGAUGUAUGCAUAGUGAUCUACUGUUUGUUGGCUGGGAUGAAUCAGGCUGCACAAUAAAAGUUCUGAAUUAA